UUGCUCUUUCUCUUCUGACCGGCGUGAAAGAUGGCGGAUGGUACCUUGUACACGUGGAAGGACAACUUCCGUGCUCAGAAGGUCCUGAUCGCAGCUGAAUACAGCAAAGCACGGAUUGAAGUAUGCUGUGAGGCCCCAGAUUUCGUCUUCGGAGACACCAACCAUUCUGCGACGUUUCUACAGAAGUUUCCGCUAGGUAAAGUACCUGCUUUCGAAACAACCGAUGGUCACACACUUACCGAAGCCAAUGCUAUCGCCUACUAUGUGGCUAAUGACCAGCUACGUGGCAAAAAUCUUGUGGAUCAAGCCAGGGUCAUUCAAUUCCUUAGCUUCGCCGAUAACGAAAUCCUUCCCCCGGCAUGCACGUGGGUCUUCCCCUGUCUCGGCGCCAUGCAAUACAAUAAGCAGGCUACUGAACGCGCAAAAGAUGAUGUCAAGAAAAUCCUGGCUUAUCUAAACUCUCAUCUGCUCACUAGGACAUACUUGGUUGGCGAACGGGUCACACUUGCUGACAUUGCGGUUUUCACGGCAUUGCUCUCUCUCUACAAGCUUGUCUUGGAACCUGCCUUCCGUAAGCCAUAUGUCAACGUCAACCGUUGGUUCGACACACUGUGCCACCAGCCAGAAUUCAAGAAGGUUGUCGGCGACGUCAGUCUUUGCGAAAAGAUGGCUCAGUUCGACCCCAAGUUGUACGCAGAGAUUCAAGGCAAGGCGAGCAAAGACAGUGGCAAGAAGACUGAGGUAAAGGAAGCUAAGCCUAAGGAACAAAAGCCAAAAGAAGCAAAGGCCCCAGAACCCGAAGAUGACGUUGACGUUUUGGCAGAACCGCCUAAGCCAAAGGAUCCAUUUGAGAAGUUCCCUAAGGGUACCUUUGUCAUGGAUGACUUCAAGCGUGUCUAUUCCAACGAGAGUGAAACUGUCUCAGUACCUUACUUCUGGGAAAAAUUUGACAAGGAAAAUUACUCUCUAUGGUACUGUGAAUACAAGUACCCAACUGAGUUGACACAAGUCUUCAUGAGCUGCAACCUAAUUUCUGGAAUGUUCCAGCGAUUGGAUAGGAUGCGAAAGCACGCCUUUGCAAGCAUGAUUCUCUUUGGUGAAGACAACAAUAGCACAAUUUCAGGAGUCUGGGUAUGGCGAGGACACGACCUGGCCUUCCUUCUGUCCGAAGAUUGGCAGAUCGACUACGAAUCGUAUGACUGGAAGAAGCUCAGUCCAGACGCACCCGAAACAAAGAAGCUGGUAGAUGAGUACUUCAAGUGGGAAGGAGAGUUUGGUGGCAAGAAGUUUAACCAGGGCAAGAUUUUCAAAUGAGGCCAUCCGCUUUACCUCAUUUUAUGGGGUGGCAUCUUGUUCUUUUACGCCAUUUGUCUCAAUAAAUUAUGGCUGCUUUGAA